AUGUCGGAACCAAAGUUGGUCAGAGAGAAAAUGGGGCUUGAACUGAUUGAAGAAAAUGAUCUGCCUUAUGAGUAUCAGAUCUUGGAAGGCCCAAACAAUCUAACAAACUGGUUACGUUACUAUUGGCACAAAGAUUCAAUAGUAGGCAAAUUGUUCGUACUUCAAAGAGCUUGUGAUCAUUUGAAAAGAUCGUAUAAGUUAUGGAUUAUGUACUUAGAACAUCGUGUCGAAUUGGUUGAAGGUUUAAAUCCAGUACAUUAUAAAGAAGAAUACCUCAAAGUCAAUAAAGAAUUUGAAAAAUCAUUAUAUUUAUUAAACAAAAUGCCAUUACUUUGGCUCAAGUACUUACAAUUUCUAAAUUUACAAACAGAUGUUACACUGAUAAGGAGAAAAUACACAGAAGCUUUAAGAACGUUACCUUUAACUCAACAUCAUAUAAUAUGGCCUUCAUACUUGGAAUUUGCUGACAAAGUUGGUGGAUUAACAGGUUGUAAGGUAUAUCUCAAGUAUUUGAUUUUUAACCCAGACGAAAUUGAGUUGGUACUCAAUAGAUUGAUCCAAUGGAAAGAUAUUCCAAAUAGUUUGAUUGUAUUCCAAAAAAUAUUAGAUGAUCCAUCAUUUGUCUCAAAAGAAGGUAAAUCACCAUUAGAACUUUGGUUGGAAUAUUUAGAUUUAUUAAUAUCAUUCAAAAAGCCUAAUAAAUCACAUGAUAUAACUGUGGAAACUUUUACAAGAAAUGGUAUGAAAUUAUUUACGGAUCAACAGGGGAAAAUCUAUGUUAAACUAGCUACGUAUUUUAUCAAAAGAAGACUGUAUGAGAAGUCAAGAUCCAUCUUAGAAGAAGGUCUCAUCACAGUGAAAACCAUCAAAGAUUUCACGGUAAUUUAUGAUAGUUAUGCAGAAUUUGAAGAAAGUUAUAUCAAUAAACUAGUUGAGCAAAUUCAACACAAAGAAGAAUCAAAUGAAGAUGCAUCACACUUAAAUAAUGAAUUGGAUUUGAAGCUUGCAAGAUUUGAAAAAUUAAUGGAUAGAAGACCAUUCCUAAUCAGUGAUAUCAAACUUCGUCAAGAUUCAAACAAUGUUGAUGAAUGGCUUCAUAGAAUAACUUUGUUUAAUCCAGAAAACCUGGGAGAUAUCUUGAAUACAUAUGUCAAGGCAAUCACCACAAUUGAACCAUAUGAAUCAAGUGAAGGACUUUCAAAAAUAUGGAUCCAAUAUUCCAAAAUUUACGAAGAUAAUGGAGAUUUAAACACUGCAAGAACUAUUUUAGAUAAAGCUGUCAAAGUUCCUUUCAAAGAACCUGAAGAAUUGGUUAAUAUUUGGUUAGAAUGGUCAGAACUGGAAUUAAGACAAGACGAUAUCGAAAAAGCUUUGAAAGUAUUGGAAGUUGCUACAAAAUCACCUUUAAAAUCGAAGAUUGACUAUAAAGAUGUUCAUUUACCAGUUCAAGCUCGAAUUCAUAAAAGUAUAAAGCUAUGGUCAUUUUAUUUAGAUCUUGUGGAAAGCUCUGGUGAUAUUCAAGAGACUUGUCGUAUUUAUGAUCGAGUUUUUGAGUUGAAGAUUGCAACACCAAUGAUUGUGGUAAAUUAUGCAAACUUUCUUGAAGAAAAUCAAAGAUUUGAAGAAUCAUUUAAGAUUUAUGAACGUGGAAUUGGAAUCUUUAGUUAUCCCACCGUUUUUGAAAUUUGGAAUAUUUAUUUAACAAAAGCUUUGAAAAGGAACUUGAAUGUUGAAAGAAUAAGAGAUUUAUUUGAACAUGCACUAGAUGAAUGCCCUGAUAAUUUGAGUAAAAGUAUUUAUAUCCUUUAUGCAAAUUUUGAAAUUGAAAAUGGAUUGACUCAAAAGGGGUUCAAGAUUCUACAAAAAGCUAUAAAUAGAGUUUCCAAAGAAUCUAUACCAGACCUUUAUCAAGUUUUAAUAUCACAAACCCAAAAAUUUAAUGGUUUAAUUGCAACAAGACCAAUCUUUGAAUCAGCAAUUGAAAAAGUUCCAGAAACACAUACAAUUGAUCUCGUCUUACAAUUUGCUACAGUUGAAACAGAAUUGAAAGAAUUCAACAGAGUUCGUGAAUUGUUAAAAUAUGGUGGUUUACUGAAAUCACCUCUCAAAAAUGUUAAAUUAUGGGAAUUCUGGAAUGAUUUUGAAAUUCAAAAUGGUAAUAAGGAUACUUUCAAGGAUAUGUUACGUGUUAAAAGAGAAGCCAUGGAUCAAUUCAAUACUGAUAUUUUGAACUCUUCAGAAUCUAUUGGGUUUGUCAAAUCAAGUACGGGACCAAAAGUUUCUUCAAUCAAUGCCAGUGAACCUGUUCAAGAAGAACAGAACCCAGAUGCCAUUGAUUUAGAUAUAUAG